GUUUCAACCAUUGGAUAUCCUCUCUCGUCGUACAGAAAGGUUUAAACGAUGGCUUUUUCUCACAAAAUGAUCUCUGUAUGUUUGUGUUUGAUGCUGUUUUCAACGCUGCUUGUGGAUGCUCUCUUAGGCGGUGGUCAAGGAGGACAGUCCUUGGAAACACUUCUAGCAGCUGGAGUCAUAGCCAAGUUAUUUACCCACCACCAAUCUGUAUGUCAUCAUCAUCAUGGGGGGCAUCAGCAUCAUCAUGGUGGACAUCAUCAUCAGCGUUCAGCUAUGCCAAUGUACCCACGAGCAACAUAUCCCAUUCAGGCUAGAUUUCCAGUACCAAUAAGAUAUCAUCCUAUGCCACUCCGCUUCCAUCCAAGACCGGUCCCAUUUCAUCCAGCCCAGUUUCGUUUCCAACCUAGGCCAAUUCAUUUUCAACCAGGACAAAUCCGUUUUCAUGCAGGAAUGGCACGUUUUCUGCCAGCACAAGUCCAUUAUCAGCCAGGAUUAAAUCGUUAUCAGCCUCAGCAAAUCCAUUUUCAUGCCGGUCAAGCUCGUUUCCAAGCCCAGCAAGUUCAUUUGCAUGCAGGACAGUUCCCUUUUCAACCUGAGCAGGUACAUUUGGAGGCAGAAAAAGCUCCUUAUCAAAAGGAGCAAAUCCAUUUACAGCCAGGAAAAGCUUCUCAGCCUGAACAAGUCCAGUUACAAGAAAAUAAAGCACCUUAUCAAACUGAGCAGGUUCAGUUGCAAGCAAGGCCAGCUACUUUUCACCCUGAACAGGUUCAUUUACAGACAAGGCCAGCUACUUUUCAACCUGAGCAGGUUCAUUUGCAGUCAGUGCAAGCACCUUUUCAACCUGAAAUGAAUCAUUUACAAUCAGGACAAGCUCAUUUUCAACCAGAACAGAUUCAUUUGCAAACAGGACAAGCUCAUUUUCAACCAGAACAGAUUCACUUGCAAACAGGACAAGUUCAUUUUCAACCUGAACAAACUCAUUUGCAGUCAGGACAAGCACAGUUUCAACAGGAACAGAUUCAUUUGCAAUCAGGACAAGCUCGUUUUCAACCCGAACAGAUUCAUAUACAGGCAGGUCAAGUUCAUUUUCAACCUGAACAGAUUCAUUUGCAAUCAGGACAAACUCAUUUUCAACCUGAACAGAUUCAUCUGCAAUCAGGACAAGCUCGCUUUCAACCUGAACAGGUUCAUUUGCAGGCAGAACAAGGUCAUUUUCAACCUGAACAUGAACGAUAUCAUACUGUCAGGAAGCAUAUGCCACAAGAAAGCUUUCUUUUUCCUUUCAGUUACCAGCCAUUUAUGCCUCAGAAGUUUUAGAUAUUCACUUUGAUUUGGCGAGAUAGAACUUCAGAUACAGCAUUCUUUUCUUCUGCAGAAAUAAUACUGCCAAAUAUUUACCUCAGAUUCUAGCUAUUAAAAAUUCAAAAUAUUAGAAAGGUGUACCCAUUUAUAGCUAUAAGCUAAACGGGUUUAAGUGACUGAAACUAAUGGUAUGCGUUGAAUAAUUUGAGAAACAACUAUCUCAAUGUAUUAUUUUAAAAAGUAGUGUGUAACUAGUCAAAAUCCCUCUUUCGGAAAUUCCAGAGGCUCGUUAAACAAAUCAGCUGAAGGAAUAAAUGUAUAUAAAUACAGUCGUUUUCUUUAAAAAUUUUAAAACUAUGAAUGUAUAUAUUUUUAUGUAUAUUCUUGUAUACAGACUUUUGU